AUGUCCCCCGCAAGCCUGCGCCAGUGCAUCUCGACGUUCCUCAUGCGCGCCCCCUUUCCCCCCUUCCCCGCCUUCCUCCCCUUCCCCCCCACCUCUCCGCCUCACCUCUCCCCCCUCUCAACCCUCUCACCCACAUCUCCUCGCGCGCCUCCCGCCACGUCCAUGCUCCCCCCUGCGCCCAUGCGGCCAUGCGCUCAGCAUGCGCCAGUGCGUUAUACGUUGCCUGCCUUAGCUCCACUUUCCGGGCCCCCUUCCCCUCUGAGUCUUCCCUCCCUCCUGCCCCGUUCACCCUUUUGCCUUCACCAGGCCGUCUGCGCCAGUGCAUUGCUCCGCGGGUGGUACUCCGCCUCCUCACCCCCUUUCCGCUCCCCCUCCCCCCCACCAGGCCGCCUGCGCCAGUGCAUUGCUCCGCGGGUGGCGUGCGGAUUCGCCUCCAGCAGCGACGAUGAGGGGGAGGGCGGCGACGCUGGGCACCCCAGGGGGCGCGGAAGGAGGGGGGGCGCGGGGGGGAAGGGGAAGGGGAGGCGCGGAGCACCCGGGGGGCAUGGUGGCGCGGGGGGGAGCUCCCGCCACCCGUCCCUGCGGAUUGGCCCUCCAAUGGACGUGCGCCAGGUGGCAUAUCCACACGAGCCUGCCACGUUGGACCCCCUGAAUGGCGGCCUGGGGGCCAUGGGCAUGGGCAUGGGCAUGGGGAUGGGGAUGGGGGGAGUGCAGGGACAGCUGGUGACGCUGGCGCUACCCAUAGUGAGCUACAGCAGGUGCGUGGCGCUACCCAUAGUGAGCUACAGCAGGUGCGUGGCUCUGCCGUCUGCCUAUAGUCCACCCACAUGGGUUCCUCCCUUCACUCUCCCGCCCUCCACUUCAUUCAUUUCCCACCUCUUGCUGUCCACAUUCCUGCUGCUUCCCUCACAUCCUCCUCUCUUCCCCACUGUACGAACAUCGCCUACCACACCUUACCAGUCCUUCCCUUCCCGCCCUCUCCCCCACAAACUCUACCCCCCCACGGGGAGCAAGAUUGUGCAGGGCGUGUUUGGGAAGGCCCCUCAUGUGUCAACAUCCCAUACACUCCCCCUUCCGCUCCCCCCCUUCUCCUCGCCCUCCUCUUCCUCUCUCACCGUUGUGAAUGCCCUGUGCGCACAUCAAGAUAGCCCCCUCUGUGCCAACAUCCCAUCCCAUAUGGCACCCCCGUGUCCCCUCUCUUCUCCCCCCUCUCUCCCUGUGCGUGCAGCAAGAUUGCGCAAGAUAGCGGUGGGUGUGUUUGGAGAGGCCCCGGAGGAUCUGCCGUGUUCGUACGACGACUAUGGCAACCUCGUGCCCAACGUGCUGCUGCAGCUGCAGGCGCUGCUCAUCCACAAGGGCGGGUUGCAGGUGGGGGCGAGAAGAAGACAGGUGGUUGUUGCAGGUGGGGUUGGUAGAAUGGGAGUGCUGCUGCAGUGUCUCUUCAGCCGGCCUGCGGGGCGUCGAGGCACACCCACUCCCUCCUCACCUCCCUGUGUCGCUCCAUCUUUUCAACAUCCCUCUCGGCAAACACCCCCACUCCCCCCUCGCCGCGCCCAUCAGACGGAGGGCAUAUUCAGGGUGGGAGUGGUGGAGGCGACGGAGGGCAUAUUCAAGGUGGGAGUGGACGCGGGCAGGGAGGAGGCAGCCAAGGCAGCUGUGAAUGCGGGGCAGAUCCCGCCCUCCACUGAUGUGCACUGCCUGGCAGCGCUUAUCAAGGCCUGGUUCCGGGAGCUCCCAGACGGUCUCUUGGACGCGCUGCCGCUCUCGCUGCUCGCCUCGGCAGCGGACCCGCACAGCGAGGAGGGCGGCGGUGGCGGCAUGGCGGACGUGCUGGGAGUGCUGCCGCCCGCCUGCAGCUGCCUGCUGGACUGGCUGCUCAACCUGCUCGUGGACGUCGUGGAGUGCCACCACCGCAACCACAUGGGCGCCCGGGCGCUCGCACUCGUGUUCGCACCAAACCUCGUACAGGCCCUCAUCGCACGCACCCUCUCGCCACCCUCAUACCACAUUCUGCCCGCCCGCUUCCCCUCCUCCCCCCCCUUCUCAAACCAGGUGGGCGACCCUGCGGCCAGUCUCAAGCGCGCCAUGCUCCUAAUGGACCUCCUCGAAGCCCUCAUCGCCCGCAAGCACCGCCACCGCCAGCUGUUCGCGCACCACUGGCCGGGCGGGGGCGGCCGCGGGGGCGCGUCUGUGCUGUCAGCGUCAGCGUCAGUUAUGGACGAGUCAGAGGACUGGGAGGACACGGACCUGGAUUCGUCGCUCAACUUCUCGCUGCUCUCAGGGGCGCAUGGAGGGGUGGGGGGGUUGGGGGCGUUUGGAGGCGCAGCGGGAGUGGAGAGGCCGUUUGGGGCGGGUUCGGUUCGGAGCGGUGCAGGUGGUGGUGGUGGUGGUGGUGGUGGUGGUGGUGGUGGUGGUGGUGGUGCGUCGUUUGGGUCGGCGUCGGUUGUCCAUAGCCCGCGCACUGCGCUGAUGCUCAGAGCGCUGGCAGCGGCUGGGCUUGGCGUGGGGGGGAGGGCGGUGGGGGCCGGGCGGUCGUGGGCUGUGGGUAGCGAUGGGGGGGAAGGGCUCGGGUCAAUCUCUGAGCUGUGCCCCCUAGAGGAUGGGGAGGAGGAUGGUGAGGGCGAUGGGGAGAGGGAUGGGGAGGGUGGGCGGAUGGAAGGAGGAUUGGAAAGUGAGGGUGUGGAGGGAAGAGAAUGGCUGAGUGGGACGAGAAAGAGUGGGGAUGGGAUGGGGAGGAACGGGGGGAGAGCGGGUGGAGGGGUGGAGGGAGUGGAGGGACUGGCAGGGGCGGCAGGGGAGGGGCGUGGGGGGGACGGGCGUGGGGAUGGGCAUAGAGGAGAGGCAGGCAGUCGCUUGGCAGAGUGGCUGAGGAAUAUAGACGAGGCUGUGGGGGAGGGGGAAGGGGACGAAGCAUUGGGGGAGGGGGAAGGGGGAGGGGAAGAACCAGAGGGGGAAGGUGAAGACGACGAAGCGGAGGGGGAGGGGGAAGGGGAACUAGCGGCUGAGGUAGAAGUACAAGAAGCAGAAGCAGGGGAGGAGGACGAGGACUUGGUAACUGCAGGGACAGGCAUGGAUGAGCGUGAGUGUGUGGAGGAGGAAGAGGCAGAGGCAGCAGCAGAAGCAGCAGUGUCACCAACACUCGCUUGUGACUUUCCGCUUGCAACAAAAGCUGUGUUGCCCCUGCCACAGGGGGCGGAUGCAUGUAGUGAUGGUGAUGGUGGUGAUGGUGGUGAUGAUGGUGAUGGUGGUGAUGCUGACGAUGGCACUGCUUGUGGAGAUGAGAAUAUGGAUGGGGAUGGGGAUGGGGAUGGGGAUGGGGAUGGGGAUGGGGAUGGGGAUGAGGAUGAGGAUGAGGAUGGCGAUGAGGGCAGUGGUUGCAGUGAUGACGUGGAUGGUGCAGAAGCUAGAGAUCAUCACACCUCUGCGUGGCCUCCAGGUGGCGCUGCCAACACUGACAGCAUCGCUGCCAACACUGACAGCAUCGCUGCCAACACUGACAGCAUCGCCGCUGCUGUUGACGAUUUAAAUUCCGAAGCAGAGUUUGAUGCCGAGGUUGAUGGUGAUGGUGAUGGUGAUGGUGAUGGUUGCGAGCACGGCACUCAUCCUGCCAGUGCCGCCACCACUGCUUCUCAUGAGGCUUCGAUGCAAAAGCAGGUUUCAGUUUCCGACUCCCCUUCGGACGCUCCUCACCAACUCUCUUCUUCCCAACCUCCAUUUCCUCCCUCCACUCUUCCACCUGCCACCCCAGCUGCCUCGCUCCUGCCUGCCACGGACCUCUCUGCUCCACCCGCUGCUACUGCAGACGCCACGCAGAGUGCUGCUGCACGUGCCGCUGCCUCUUCUCCCCUCCUUGCCAGCAUGCUCCUCGUGCUCGCUGCCAUGCACACCACCCCUCCCCUGCACCCCGCCCCACCAGCCUCAACACCUCUUGUCCCCAAUCCCGCCGCUUCUGCUGCUGCUGCUGCCGCAGACCCUGCAGCGCCAUCCCAAGGCCCCACGGACCCUCCUCUUGCGGCCGCUCUGCCCGCAAAGAAUUCGUAA